UGUUGAUGGAGGGGUGCCGAGACGAGGGGAGGGCGGGGGACGGGCCCUAGGUCGAGGGCGAGCUCGGAGGUGCGGGUUGGUUCUCCGCACGUCCUCUCCUGUGUUGGUCCCACAACCCCUGGCUACGCAAGGCUAAGGUUUAUAAGGUAGAGUCAGUUGUGGGGUUCAGAGGGUCAGCAGUCAGUCCUCCAAAUUCGGAGAUUCAGCGCUUGUCGUCAGUAUUGGGACUCAGGGGCCUGGUAGGUUCAGUGUUUGGGACGCCAAGGGAAUCUGUCUUUUGAUUCAGACUUCAUCACCUAGAGGUCUAGGGUGCAGUUGCCAUCAUGCUGAAAGCUGUGAUCCUGAUUGGAGGCCCUCAAAAGGGGACCCGCUUCAGGCCUUUGUCUUUUGAGGUGCCCAAACCCCUGUUCCCAGUGGCAGGGGUCCCUAUGAUCCAGCACCACAUUGAGGCCUGUGCCCAGGUCCCUGGGAUGCAGGAGAUUCUGCUCAUUGGCUUCUACCAGCCCGAUGAGGCCCUUACCCGGUUCCUAGAAGCUGCCCAGCAGGAGUUUCACCUUCCGGUCAGGUACCUGCAGGAAUUUGCCCCCCUGGGCACAGGGGGUGGUCUCUACCAUUUCCGGGACCAGAUCCUGGCGGGAGGCCCUGAGGCCUUCUUCGUGCUCAAUGCAGACGUCUGCUCCGACUUCCCCUUGAGCGCUAUGCUGGAUGCUCACAGACACCAGCCUCACCCUUUCCUGCUCCUCGGCACCACGGCUAACAGGACGCAGUCCCUCAACUACGGCUGCAUCGUAGAGAAUCCACAGACGCACGAGGUCCUGCACUAUGUGGAGAAACCCAGCACGUUUGUUAGUGACGUCAUCAACUGCGGCAUCUAUCUCUUUUCCCCGGAAGCCCUGAAGCCCCUUGGGGAUGUCUUCCAGCGGAAUCAGCAGGAUGGGCAACUCUGCCUUCCUCUGGGGGAGGACUCUUCCGGCCUGUGGCGGGGGGCAGGUACCAUCCGCCUGGAGCAGGAUGUGUUCUCAGCGCUGGCUGGGCAGGGCCAGAUCUACGUCUACCUCACUGAGGGUAUCUGGAGCCAGAUCAAGUCUGCAGGCUCAGCCCUCUAUGCCUCCCGCCUCUAUCUGGGCCAGUACCAGCUCACUCACCCAGAACGCCUGGCCAAGCAUACCCCAGGGGGUCCACGGAUCCGAGGAAACGUUUAUAUCCACCCAACGGCAAAGGUGGCCCCGUCGGCUGUGCUGGGCCCCAAUGUCUCCAUCGGGGAGGGGGUGACCGUGGGCGAGGGUGUACGGCUCCGAGAGAGCAUUGUCCUCCACGGAGCCACGCUGCAGGAGCACACAUGUGUUCUGCACAGCAUCGUGGGCUGGGGGAGCACCGUAGGGCGCUGGGCCCGCGUGGAGGGUACCCCCAAUGACCCCAAUCCCAACGACCCCCGAGCCCACAUGGACAGUGAGAGCCUCUUCAAGGAUGGGAAGCUGCUGCCUGCCAUCACCAUCCUGGGCUGCCGCGUCCGGAUCCCUGCUGAGGUGCUGAUCCUGAACUCGAUUGUUCUGCCACACAAGGAGCUGAGCCGAAGCUUCACCAACCAGAUCAUCCUCUGAGGGGGGCUGCCAGAAGGCCCCCCCCCCCCAACUCCUCCUCACUCCCCUCGAGGCUACUGCCUGCAUGGCCAGCCUCGGGCCAGAAAGGACUGGAGGGAGUCAGGCAGGAUCCUCACACACCGGCAGCAACGUGGGUGCAACGUGGGUGGCCAGGGGACUCCUGGCCUCCCUCUCCACUCCCUAAUAAACCCCCGUGAAUCUUGGAGCCA